AUGGUAUCUAUAAGAUGUUGUUGUGUUGGACGGGGAGAUGUCGGCCCUCCUCGCCAAGUCCCGGGGCAUGCCGCCAAACUCUGCCACGAAUACGAGAAUGUUGUUAUGGCAUACUACAUCCCAAAGAAAGGCAUCGAGCAGACAAAACGAUUCAAAGUUCGUCCAGACGACGUGUUUGUCAUCAGCUAUCCCAAAGUAGGAACAACGUGGCUCCAGCAGAAUACAAUGUUGGUACAGCUUGAAGGGGAUCUCUCAUUCUUCGAAGGGAAGCAUAUCAUUACGAUGGUUCCUUUCUUAGAAGUUUGCACUUUACCGUUGAAGAUGGCGUACAAAGACAAAGGAGAGAUAAUGUAUGGACCAACAGGUGCGGAAAAGGCAGACGCUAUGCCAACCGAUACACCUCGGAUGCUAAAAACACACGUGGUCCCAAGAUGGCUCCCUGACGGACUCAAAGAUAAUCCUCUAGCGAAGGUGCUGUACAUGGCUAGGAACCCAAAGGAUACUGCUGUUUCUGGCUAUCAUUAUUGUCAACUGGUUAAGCCACUUCCGACGUAUACGUGGCAUGAAUUCUUUGAGGAGUUCAUCGCAGAUAGAGCUUUUUACGGUUCUUGGUUCGAGCAUACUCUUUACUGUUGGGAGCUCAGGAAUCAUCCCAACGUUCUCUUUCUUAAGUAUGAAGACAUGAAACAGGACCCGAGGAAAUCCGUGAUUCAGAUAACCGAGUUCAUGGGGAAAUCUUUACCAGACGACGUCAUUGACCGUAUCGUCGACGCGUCAAGUUUUAAGUUCAUGAAGAGUAACAAGAGUAUGAACCCCGAUUUUGCUUUCAAAAAGCCUCUGGAUCUCACAAAGGAGAAGUCAUUCAUGCGAAAAGGUAUGGUUGGAGAUUGGAAGAAUUACUUCACAGAAGAUCAAAAUCGUCGAUUUAAUAAACUCUACGAGGAAAAAAUGGCCGGAUCUGGACUUGAAUUUAGAUUCGAAUGAUAAUCAUCACCACGAAUAUUAAUAUCUUGACUUUCUAGAUAAUUGUAUUUAUAUCUAUUUACACUUAUGCUUAUAAAUAUGACAGUUGGUGAUUUCAAGUUCAUUGUUGACCUUUUGGUGUUGGUGUAAGGUCAUUUUUACACGAUUAUAACACCAAACAUA